AUGCAGGCCGACGGAAACCUGGUUUUAUACAACAACAUAUCCGGGCAAGCGAUCUGGGCAUCCGGAACGAACGGAAAGGGAAGUCCACCUUUCUUUGCCAACUACCAGCCAGAUUACAACUUUGUGUUAUACGAUGGAACUGGAAAGCCACUCUGGGCCUCUGGCACGAACGGUCAGCCCUCUGAUCGGCUAGUGAUGCAGGACGACGGGAAUCUCGUCACCUACCUGGGUACUACACCAAUCUGGUCGACGGGGACCUAUGGCAAGUGA